AUGCUCUGGUGAAUGCCAGAAUUUAGUCCAGUAAGCGACUUGCUGCUGCCUUUAAUAUAUAACGAUUUAUAUAAUUCUUGGCUUUUUAUUUCCUCACACAUCAAAAUUUUCCUGUAAUCUUACAGCAUUUGAUGCGAAUAUUUUGGGCAAAGCUCCCGACACGCAAAGAGUUGGUUCUGCCGCAAGGUAUGCUAAUUUUUUCAUGAAUUACGAAUGAGUAUACGAUCGACAGCUUGGUUGUUCUUGAAUUCGAAAUUUAAUGAACCUAUAAUGCUUUUGAUAUAGUGAUCCAGUGAACAGGAGAGCUCUGAGUCCGGCGUCAUUAUCAAGAUAUGACUAUAUCCUAUCAAGAUGCGCAGCAUUUUAUAAAUAUCAUGGUAUCAACGUCAAGUCAUCUUAUGCUGAUUUUGAUAAACAUAACAAUGGCCUUGUCACAGAGAGCCAGGUUGGUUUCUAUCUGCGGUUGGAAAAAUUUUUAAUUGUACAUGUGUUCAAAACCUUUUCUAGAAAGUUAAUUUCGUUUGUAUAAGUACUUGUCAGGGACCUUUAUAGAUUCGAGGCAAAAUUAGUGGAGAUAGCAAAGACCUUGAAUCAACCGAGUUCGAGAUAUAACCAAGUCAAUGAUUUAAAAUAUCUUAGAAUAGAGCCCCUUAGCUCGAAUAUAAUAAUUAUGGCGUUGUAAACAAGUAAUUAUUUAUAGCGCAUAUCGUAUUGUUUUAAAAGUAAAAAUUCAAGUUUAUAUGCAGUGAAAUGACGACAUUUACGUUUUACUAGCAAAAAUACAUAGUCUUACAUUCAAUUGUAAUUGUAUUCGCUCGAAAUAACAUACUAAACGUUUUCAAGACGGUAUGAAUAAAAAUGCUACGAGAUUCAUUAAUAUGACAUAAUUUGACGGUUGACUUUCAAAUUUGAAAAACAAUACAUUUAAAUUAUUGAACUUUUUCAAAAAAAGAUCUGUCAAUCAACUAUAACAUAUCAACCAAUCGGAAUUUUGCGUUGUGUGGAUGAGGUUCAUUUCACUAGGCGAAUUUGUUCGCGUGAACUACAGUAAAAAAGUAGGAACUGAUCCAACUUUUUUGCGGCUAAUUUUUUCGCUGACCAAUCACAUCGCCCAGUGGAGAAUGGGUUUAAGGAGGGACUGCUCGCAGUCUGUGGCUAGUUUCGCCACUGUUCUAUACUGUAUAUAUACCUAAUAUACGAUUAUUUGUCAUAAUUAAUGCGAAUCCAUGCACAUCAACUUUAAAUACUGACAAUCUUGCGCCAAGGUAUUUACCACCAGUACCACAUAUUAUCCAUGAUGAAACAAAAAUUAUUGUUUUUACUAAAUCUAAUAUAAUGUCUACCACGUUUCAAUCGUUUAGUUCUAUCGCAGUUUUCCCGGUCCGCCAGAUAUCACUGAAGCGGAGAUGAGGCUUGUUGCUAGGAAACACAGACAUCCUGACAAAGCUGGCUUGUGUAAUUACUUGAAGUUCCAUGAUGAUGUUGUAGAACGGCAGAAGGGUCAGUAAAUAUUUUGUUGUUUUAUUUUAUUUUUAUUUUAUUGCCAACAUUUUUUCCCUUGGUAAAGCUGGAGUUACACGAGCAACAAAAUUGCUGCAACUUGCAACAAAAUCUGAUUUCAACGCAUGUUAAUUAGAAAUGUCGACACAUGUUGCCUUGUGAUUUGUAAUUUAUCAUGUGUAAACAUUUUCAAUGGACCAUUUGCAUUAUAUAGACUAGAUUUUGAUCUAGACAAAAAUUUCAUCACAGCUUGAAAGAGCAUCACAAAAUUAGUAAUAUUCCAAAGUUUCGUUGCGAAAUGUUGUAAAAUGCGGAUAAUAUAGCCAUGCGAAGUUUGCCGUUUUUCAGUCAUUUUGUAUUACGCACGGGAAAUUGACAGCCCAAUCGGGUGUUGGGGCAUCAAUUUCCGUUUGUAAUACAAAAUGACUGAAAAUUGCAAAUUUCGCAAGGCUAUAUUAUCCGCAUUUUACAACAUUUCGCAACGAAACUUUGGAAUAUUACUAAUUUUGUGAUGCUCUUUCAAGCUGUGAUGAAAUUUUUGUCUAGAUCAAAAUUUAGUCUAUAAUGCAAAUGGUCCAUUAACAUGCGUUGAAAUCAGAUUUUGUUGCAAGUUGCAGCAAUUUUGUUGCAAGUUGCAGCAAUUUUGUUGUUCUUGUAACUCCACCUUAAGAAUACAGUCCCAAUGAUCCGUGCAACUGAAAAGUUCUUCCAUGGAUAUUGCUUUGGAAAUUUCUGCAUGGCUGAUACAUGAUGUGAUUUUGUCGCUUGUCAGAGCGAAGACAUGAAAAUGUUUUGUGUUCCUUCUCUCGCUUUUGUCCUUUAUGAACAGUACUAAUCAAGUAAUAUACCUUUCAUUUAAAUGAAAAUUACGUAUUUUAUUUGCUCGGUCAAAAUGUCCGUGCAUAAUAAUACUAAUCGAUCAUUUAGUGUUUUGUUCGGCAAACAGCCGAUUGCUGACCGUUAUAAUGCAUAUCCACACUGUUGGUUGUACUUCCAAAUGCUUUUGAUUCAUCAUGUUUUAAAAUUCUUUUCAGCCAUUGCAGGCGACGAGAAAGACUAUCUCGAUGGUCAGAAGACCUUGGACACUGUCGCUUUAGCUCAUCACUUUCAAGUAAGAGCCGAUUGACCAACAAAUACUAACUACUGUACAUACACUAUAUAUAGUUUACUAGUCUCAUUUAUGUUAGCUAUAGCUAUUGGGAUAUAUAUCCAUGCCUGUUGCCACGUGUUCGCCUGGUCUGGGACUUUUAAUCGCAACAAAAAAUUGGCAGAGAUUUUCUUAAAUCACCCAACCCCAUAAGUUGGCACGUCUAGUAAAUGGCAAAGUGUCUGCCGGUACCAAUAGGCAAUUCCAGCUUUUGACUAAAUUUUGAUCUCGGCACGAAGAACAAACUCCAUCACCACAGCUAGAAUGAACAUGUUAAAAUGAGUAAAAUUGCAAAGUUUGGUUGCGAAAUGUUGUAAAAUACGGAAAAUAUAGCCCUGCGAAAUUUGCAAAUUUUGUAUUAAUUUGUAUUACGCGCGGGAAAAUGCACCACAUUUGGGCUGAAAGCGGUGUAUUUUCCCGUGCGUAAUACAAAUUAAUACAAAAUUUGCAAAUUUCGCAGGGCUAUAUUUUCCGUAUUUUACAACAUUUCGCAAUCAAACUUUGCAAUUUUACUAAUUUUAACAUGCUCUUUCUAGCUGUGGUGAUGGAUUUUGUUCUUCUUGCCUAGAUCAAAAUUUAGUAUAUAUGUAAUAUAUGAACAACGAGAGCGAGUGUUUCACCGGGAUAUCUGCAAACACGAGAAAACAAUGUAUGAAGAAACAAUGUAUCGAGUUGUUCAUAUUGCUUCUCAAAUGAAUCGAGACGUAACGGAAUGUUUUCGUUUGCUGAUUUGAAUAGAAUUCUUAACCAAGCAUAACGUAAUUAGCAAUUCUAUUCAAGUAAUUCUGCAUGCGUAAUUUGAUGAAAACACUAGUGACUUUCAUCAAGUUUUCCCGGGUUAUCCAAAUGCCAUCUUGUGAUCAAAUAGGUGAUUAUCAUUGGCUGAAUUGCUCAUGAAUUAUUAAUGAAUUUGAGAAAGCUGGAUUCAUCUAUUUAAACGCUGAGAAAUCACAACUUCCAACAACACAAACAACUAAAUGUUUUCGUUGUAGGAGGCGAGCAGGGGCUCGGACCUUGGCUCUAUAUUUGAAAAGAUCCGUAUCGCGGUGUACAAGAAUGGAGUACGAACGACUGAGUUCUUUCGUGAUCAUGAUAAGCUCAGGAGUGGCAUUAUCACAGAAAACCAGGUAGAAUUAUAACUUUUCAAUAAUUAUAUGUUUUUUCAUAAUCUAUCAAGUCUUAUCAAGAUAUGAUGGUCUGGAAACUACAGGGUGUCCCAAAAAACGGAAAACUAUUGAAAUCACCAAUAACAAUUUAAUUGUUAGAAUUUGAAUGCCUUAGCACUCUGUUGGUUCCCACGAGUGCAUAAAUUAUUGACAUAAGUAAAUUUUAUGCAUAAAGAAACUAUUUAAGAAGCUGCUUUAAAUUCCCAAGAGCAGAAAAUCGCGCACUUUACAAGGAGAUGUUCUUAACUAAAUUUUAAUACAUGCACCUUGUCAAUAUUUUACGCAUCAUUACGUUCAGCUUUUUGGUAGGGCAUUCAAUGUUAACAAUAAGUGAUUUCAAUAGUUUUCGUUUUUUGGGGGACACCCAGUAUACAGUAAACAGAAGUCAUUGUACCGGGUGGCCCAAAAAAAAGUACUCCUGUUUGAUUUAUAAUAACUUCUAAACAAGUAAAGCUAUCAAACAGAAAUAACUUGCAUUAAAUAGAGGAAGGACUAACUUAGAUUUUGAUAUUUUACAGUUGUAUUUUACUUAAAAAUUCACGGAGAUAUUAAUGUUCAAAAUCGGGAGCAUAUUUUGGGAUGUGUCUAAAAUUAGCGAAAAUCGGCGUAUCAAAUUUUCACUCCAGCGUUUGUUUGCUUAAUGACAUAUCAGGGUAAAUUGUAUUUCAGCGAAUUGUCGUUAGGGUUUGUAAGGGAUAUGGCGUAGAUUUAGACAUCUUACAUGUAAGUCUUAACUUAUUGUUUCCUGAAAUAUGAACGUUCGAAAUUAUGUAAGUAUUUAAUAGGUCUUUUCAAACUUAAGGUACUGAAAGACCAUGCAAGGCAGGCGCUUCAAUUUUUCUUAAAUAACCUAUUUUUUUAUGUUUUUCAUGGGUUCAAAACAAAGUUGAUUAUUUCUCGGUUAGAGCAGGAUUAAUAGAUAUAAUAAUACUUUGUUUCAUAAUAAACAAUUUGUCAAGUGUCAUUUAUUUACUGGUAAUAGUGCAUGUUUCAGUCGGGCAAAUCUUGAUUAAUAUUUGAUACGCCGAUUUUUGCAUAUUUCAGACACAUCCAGAAAUAUCCUCCCGAAUUUAAAGAUUAAUAUCUCCGUGAAUUUUUAAGUGAAAUACAACUGUAAUAUAUCAAAGUCUAAGUUAGUCCUUCCUCUAUUUGAUGCAAGUUAUUUCUCUUUAAAAGCUAUACUUGUUUGGAUGUUAUUACGAAUCAAACAGGAGUACUUUUUUGGGGGCCACCCGGUAUUAUGUUUUUGUCUGAGUUUAUAUUAAUUUGUGCACGGUCACGGUAAUUGAGCUCAUUGUAUUUUCGUACAAUUAACAAUUAUUGGAUGAGGCUGAGCAGGAUAUCCAGAAUUAUUUAGACCGAGGUCAAUGUUAUCUGCCGAAGACUGAGGCAGAUAACAUUGACUGAGGUCUGAAUAAUUCUGGUAUGAUCCUGCGCAAGCCGAAUUCAAUAAUUGUUUUAGUAUUCAUUUUGUGACAGAAAGAAAACAAAACAAGCAACAAUUGAAAACAAAUAAAUAUUCAUUGAAUUGAUUAACUUUUCGUAAAUAUAAAUACAGCAUAAUUGUUAACAAUAUUUCAAUCACUCAGAGAAAAUUUACUGUAUUAAAUAAUUAUAGCAAGUUUCGUCUAGCUGAAAUAAACAUUUUUUUCAAUUUCCUGCGUUGAAAACGUUGCGAAACGAGCACUAGCCAUUGUAAACAAUUGAAAAAGCCGCUCAACUAAAAAUUUCCCGCCAAUUUGUAUUUUCACAUAAAUUACCGCUGAAAUAUCUUGGGCGCCGUCCGAUAACCUCUGCAGAUUACUGUUUCCGCUGGCAAUAGCGCAGGCACCUACAAAUACCCAAAAUUAUUUGUAGGCUCUUAGCCAGUGAAAAACCGAGAACACAGUACAAUGAAUAAUAAUAAUUAUUAUUUUAUUUAUCCUGGAUACCCACAUCACAUGCGUGUUUUUCAGUGGGGUCCCGCAUCAAAAAUACAAUCAUUUACAAUACUGUGGAUAUUUAAACAGUAUACACAGUAUAAAUAUAUACAAAUAUGUAUAAUGAAGUCACCGUCCAAUAAGGAUAGCUGAUAUGAAACGUGCAACCACGAUGUAUAAUAUUUAAUGAGGUUGAGACAAAGGAUUUGUGCACAGUGAGGUACAGUUCAACAUCAAACAAUUGAAAACAAAAGUCUUCCAUUUUGUGGCUUUGAAAUUUGCCGGGUUUCCAGACCAUCAUAUACCUUGACAGUAUGGUUUUUUUGGUAGUAUUGUAUAUAUCAAAGCCUAUAUAUAGGGCCAAAAAAAAAUAUGUGGGUUUCCGGUUUCUUCUUAUAAAAACUUAGGUAGGGUAGGUCGGUUUUAACUCUUUUUUUAAACUUUUUUUAAAAUUUUCCUAACAACCGGACGCCAUUUUGUUUAGUCAGUGCUUCCACAUCCAAAGAUAAAUUUCCCUAAUAUUGCCUCAAAUUUCAAUUUUCCACAAACUUUUUCCUCUAAGUGGAAACACUUGCAAGCAUAAUCCAAUAAAAAAGUUUAGAGCCGGGAUUUCGACGUCCAAAAGCUAGGUAGGGUCGGGAAACCGGAAACCGACAUAUUUUUUUUGGCCUAGCCAAUCUCUUUACCCAUUCAUGCUGCAAUACGCCCUACUUUAUUCUUUUACUCUGUCUAACGUCAGACGAUUUUAUACUCGUCAUGGGAAGAAUCAUACGCUUUAAUGGUUAAUCGUGUAGGUUAAACGCAUCUGUUUGGUUAUUGGUCCCUUAUUCGCGAUUUAUCGCACCGUGUGACGUCGAAUAGAGGAUCUAACAUGUUUUCUUCAAUUAUCAUUUAACCGACAGUUCGUGUGUGGUUUAUCUCUGUGUUGUGGUACUAUUGCGAACUUAUCACGUGAUGAAAUACAACAAGUUGUUGAUUUCUAUCGUACAGAAGAUGGCCGUGUACGCUAUAAAGAAUUUUGCCAUAUGAUGGAGAAUG